ACCGGCGCACGUCGCCCCACGCCACCUCCUCUACCUCCUCGUGCCAAGAGCGAGGCUGCACUCCUCACAGCUACCAGCGAGCCACCACCAGCCUACUCUCCAUACUCACCCUCUAUGGGGUCUAACGAUCCCCGGACGUCGUCCACGCAGUCCCUUGUGCCAGUCCCGGAAUCAGAACAUGCUGGAAGGCGCACUCUACUUCUCGUCUAUGUACACGGCUUCAUGGGCAAUGAGACCAGCUUCCAAAGCUUCCCCGCCCACGUCCACAAUCUGGUCACCGUCACUCUAGCGGACACCCACGUCGUACAUACCAAGAUAUACCCCAAGUACAAAUCUAGACGCGCUAUUGAGUUUGCAAGAGAUGACUUCUCAACUUGGCUUGCUCCACAUGAGUCUCCAACCACCGACGUGAUAUUGCUUGGCCAUUCCAUGGGAGGCUUAUUGUGCUCAGAAGUGGCUUUGGUACCGCCCUAUUCAACUGCCACUGGUGAUGCCCUGCGCCAUCGUCUUAUCGGAACUAUCAACUUUGACGUGCCUUUUUUGGGCAUGCACCCUGGCGUCGUCGUUAGUGGCCUUGGGAGUAUCUUCCGACCUGCUGACUCGCCAGCUCAACCUACAGGCAACGAAAGUUCCUCUAGAAGUGCUAGCAACGUGAAUAGAGUGAACACAUUCUUUUCUCCCAAGCCGUCAGAUCCGAACUACAACCCUGUUUUCCCAAACGACGUCAAUCUGCCAGAGAGAUCAGGCUGGGGCAACGCCUUACACUUCAUUUCCAAGCAUUCUGACGGCCUCAUGAAUGCCACCAAGAGUUAUGUGACUUCGCAUCUCGAAUUUGGCGGUACCAUGGCCGAUUACGGUUCUCUGAAGAAGCGCUAUGCCCGUAUUCGCGCUCUCGAGGAAGAGGACGAGGCUGUAAGGCAAACAGCUAUAAGUAGCACCAGACCACCACCGCGUGUGCGGUUCAUAAACUACUACACCGCUAGCACAGGCAGACCCAAGAAGCCCAAGUCUCCGUCGUCAUCGAGACCAUCGAGUCGCAGCUCUAGUAAACAAGGCGAAGAAGGCGAGGAGCGUCCGGUUGAAGCGGAGAUGGAAGAAAUGCACCUCACACCAACAACUACCAAGAAAACCCAGCCAUCCCGAUCGCCCUCUGUGAACUCAUUCAAAUCAGCUGAAGAGCACCGUGACAACGCAGUCCGCGCUAAGGAGUUGGAGGAACCGCGCUCAGCAACUUCGGAACAUGACGAGGAAAUGGACAUGCGGCAUAUCGACUCCAUGCCCAUAGACGAUGAUGAACAUGAACACAUCAUCGUAGAAUCGACUGCAGAUCUCAGCCUUGUCACGAGGCAGCAGACAACAGACUCAUCCGCCAAUCCGUUGAGCCUAGAAGACACAGCUAUCACCUCACCGUCCUCAACCAUGUCUCUGAGCUCGACCAUAACCCUUCCCCCAAUUCCGCCUGUCCCCGACGAACCCCCAAGCGUGGACUUCUCCCAAUACACCGACAAAGACACCCGCAAGCUUGCCGAGAAGGAGCACGCCCGCGUCUUGAAGAACUACAAGCAGACCGUCAAAGACCGCAACGCCGCGAUCAAGGACCGCGCCCAGUUCGAAGAGAAGAUCGAGAAGAACCGGCGCAAGCAAGCCGAGAAAGCCGCCAAAGCCGCAGAAAAGGAAGCGGAAAAAGCAAAGAAGCUUGCGGAAAAGAAGGCUGCCGACCGAGAGAAGGAGACCCAGGAACCAGAGAAAGAGAAAGAAGAAGAAUUCAGCUGGGAGAAAGUCUGGGCCGCCGACCGCGCGCGCGAGACACGGCAGCGCGACUACGAGCGCUUGAUGCGCGAAGGCAAGACUGAGGAAGCGGAGGCUUUGCUUAACGAAGGGAAGAAACCGCAGGAGAAACUACCACAGGAGGAACCACCGCCCUCGAAGCCUCUCACACGGCAAAGCACCAAAGAACCUCUCACGCGCCAGAGCACCACCCACGAGCCCCUAACGCAGCAGAGCACCCUAGAGCCCACCACCCCCUCAGCCUCGUCAGGCACAUACCACCACUCCACGACCAACAUCCUCAACACCGACACCCCCUCCGCGCGGACCGAAGCCGCUGCCGCCAAAGCCGCGGAAUCGAAGAAGAAAGAAAACCCGAAGGCGGCGGCGGCGAAGCCAAAGCGCGACAAGAAGUUCUGCAUGCUGCCGCCCACGGACGCGCAUGGCCGCCUGGACCCGACGUGGUUCCGCGUGUACAUGGAGGGCGUGGACGAGGUGGGCGCGCACUGCGGGCUGUUCUUCGUCAGCGAGACGUACGAGCGGCUGGUCGGCGACGUCGGGGCGCGCAUUGAGGAGUGGGUGCGCGAGGAUAUGACGGAGAGGUUGGUGAGAGAGUUGGGAGGAGCAGGGGCAGGGCAAGGGGAGUGAUGGGGCGUGGCGUUGGAGGGGGACAUGCGACCAGAGGCGAUAUGGUUGAUUGAGCGGUGAUAAGUCGAAGUAGUAUUUCGGGCUCGGGGAUCGAGUUCUUUUGUCGAUCAGAGAUAAAUUCAAGCAAGGUCGAGAGGACUCUUUCGGUCUCUUAUCUUCUUCCAUUCCUGACAGUCCAGACGAUUAAGCAAAGUUCGCGCAAAAUCGAGAAUCCAGAUUCAAUAUAUAGAACAACACUUGUAAAAUUUCAUCGUACGUAAAGGACCCG